AUGGACGCUGGUGGAUACAGCAAGCUGGGUAGCGCCAUCGAGGAGGUCCCCAGAGGGCAGUUGGGACGCUGGGAGUACUACAAACAAAGGCUUUCCUUUCUGGUCUUGGCUUCCCUGGUGGCCACAGUGCUAUGGACUCUCAUCCUGAGCACCCUGUUGUCCAAGGCCUCCAGCGAGCGCAGGGCGCUGCUCAGCCACCAGGACCAGCUAAAGACAAACGCCUCAGAGCAAAAGAUGAUGCUGAGUGCCCUGAAAGAAGAUGUCGGUGCCUGCGGGAACUGCUGCUCCGGGAUGAAAGCGCAGUUGCAAACCACACUCGCUGAGUUUAAGAACACACAGACAAAGCUGAUGGAGCAGGAGAGCGCCCUUAAAGAACUGCAAGAGCGUGUGACCCAGAGUUUGGCUAAAGCAGCCAGAGAUCGUGAAGACAUCCGCAGUGAGCUCUUCCAGGCAUUGGAGGCUGUCAAGCAACAAAACAAAUCCUGUGAGAAGUGCCCCACAUCAUGGCUACACUUCCAAGGAUCCUGCUACUAUUUCUCUGAGACUCAGGCUAUAUGGAACACAGCACAGAGCUUCUGUUCAGUCCACGGUGCCCACUUGGUGAUUGUCAAAGACCUGGAUGAGCAGAGCUUCCUGAGUCAGCGCACGCGGGGCCGAGGCUACUGGUUGGGUCUGAGGACAGUUCGCCACCUCGGCAAGAUUCAAGGCUACCAGUGGGUAGAUGGAGUCUCACUCACCUUCAGUCACUGGAACUCUGGAGAGCCCAACGAUUCCAGAGGACGUGAGGACUGUGUCAUGAUGCUACACUCGGGGCUGUGGAAUGACGCACCAUGUAGCAAUGAGAAGGACGGCUGGAUCUGCGAGAAGAGGAGCAGCUGCUGAUCCAGCCCAGUGUCCCAGUGCCAUGUCCAUUGCCUCAGGGAAAGGCGUGCCAGAACCCAAACUGGGGUUGCAAGCAGCACACUUGGCCGCGAUGGUCUGUGUCUUUCAUCCCUGAUGUAAGUGAUGACCUCAUCUCAUCCCCAUUGGUGGAAUCUCAGCUUUACACACUGGCGUGGUUGACGAAUUAGCACAAAAGGAAGGGGGAGCUUCAGAAAAUAUGGGCCUUUAUCAAACUGACUACCUUCGAUAUUAA